CCUUUUGCCAAUUUCACUGCGUAACGAUUCGCGUGCUGGUCAUGUAACUUGCUUUUUACAGUUUUUUUUUGUUUAAUUUGUUUAGGCCAACUUAAAACCACGGAAAAGACUGUCAUGCCAACAACACGUAAGUAUUGUAUUGUUCGGAAGUUUACUUAAUUAAUCAUACAUUCCAUUCUUUGAUUGUCAGUUGCCGUAAGUUGCAAUUUUAUCGUUGUGCGACACGGCUUUGCCAUUGGGUAUGAUGCGAUCGCGAAAUUACCCGACAUUCGAAUAACCAUUGAGGAGAGGGGCCUCUGUAAAAGUCACUGGUGAAAGUCUCAAACUCAGCAAUUCUAUCCUAAAAAUCACUAUUUGGGCAACACGCAAAGCAACUCAACCGGUUUCAAACUUUGCGCAACAACUCCUACCAGCACGCAACAACAUGCAGCAGGGUGUGGACGCAGCAUGUAACAUCCAACCAUGUUGGGAGUUUUGGGCAACAAUGUUAACACAGAGCCAGAUACAUGUAGGAGUUUAAAGUAACUUUAAGUUGUCAUUGGUUGUUUUUUAAGGUCUUCUCUACUGCUGUUUUCUUUAUCUCCUCAUGCAUAGCCCUGAGCGGUGGCUCGAUGGCGUAAAUAUUCGCGGUCCGUCGUGAUAACUGUAUUAAAAAUUGAUACCAACAUUUAUAAUUUAGAACUGACGUACCUUAAUGAGACGACAAAUUUUCCCGCCGUUUCAAAUGGGAUUCCUCCCGAGACAAUCGCUCUAAAUCAAUCACUACGUUAAUAUCUGAAGGCUUUCGAAGCUCAAUGAAAUUAAUUUCUUUGCCUGAUUUUUUUCACAGUAAUAUCAACAAGCACAAUGAAGAAAACAACAAAGCUGAGUUCCAAGUCUUCUACAUUAACUCCGAAAACAGGUAAGGCCUGGUUCAGACGCCGUACUUUUCAUGUGCUGAACCUAACUGAAUAAGUUCGACUUUGGAGCGACACUGGCGCGACAUCUGAUUCAGAAGGCGUACCGUGUGUCGAACCUAAGUUAAGUUCGACAAACGUUCGACAGACUCAGUCGAACUUGACGCUUUUGCCGCACCAAACUAAAACUGCCGUACCAAAUUGAUUCAGACGCCGCUCUUUUGCCGUACUUAAUUCAUCAGUUAGGUUCGACACAUGAGUGGAGCGGCGUCUGAACCGGGCCUAAGUGCUGCACAUGAAUGCAAGUCUGUAUAAGGCCUUGGUCAAUCGUCGAACUUCUCAUGAGACCGCAAACCAAACUCUGAUUUAGGUGGACCUAAGUUGAGACCGGUUUUUGGGUCAGACGUCGAACUUACGACGCCUCGAAACGAUCAACUGAAUCAGACCAAAAAGUAAUUUUAGGCGGCCAGUGAUAAAUUUUCUCCUGAACGAGGCUAGAUAUACAUUUCAAAUUUCUAAUUUAUUAGUCUUGUUCAUCACAUGUGAAGAUCGACGUUUGUGCGUGAGAUGAUCUUCACACGUUCUAUCCGCCUAAAGCAGACGGAUAGAACGUGUUGGAUGAUCCAAACUCAUUCAGAGGAACUUAACUGGGCCGGAAGUCGAAAUUUUCAUGAACUUAACUCACUAAGUUUGGUUCGUCUCACGAAAAGUUCGACGUUUGGCCCUGGCCUAACAGUUCACGUGAAUAUCUUUAAAGCUUCUCUCAGGUUACCAAAACAACAAUUCUGAACGAAAGACGAAAACGUUGUGUCAAACUGCGGUUAGGUGUUAUGCAGCUGGUCCCUGAUUCUGAUUUAUCCCCCCCCGCCCACAUCUUCGUGACAUUUUUAAAUAUCUCCUUUUUCUCAAUGACCUCUAUUCCUUACAGUUUUAUCAGACACGCCUAAGACAGCAAUAACAGAACCGUCCAAAACAAGAACUCUACAACUUAUUAGCACAUUACCAGGUCAGUGGAUCAUUGAUUCUCCUCUCAGAAAUAAAUUGCCAAGUAUCACUUAUAUUAUUUCCCUGAAUGGCCAUAUACUGAAUUAAGGGGGAAUAUACCGGUAUUUGAAAUUCAUGCUUAACCGCCAGAUCCAAAUGUCGGGGUUUGAAAGAAGUAAACUACUGAUUAGUGGGCUGGGGGGGGGGACUGUUUGGUCUGCCUCCCAUCCCCUCCCCUUAAAGACUAGCAGUAUUGAGCAGAAGAAGUUCGGGAUCAAUUGAGUUUUCUGGGAAACCGACCACCUACCCCUCCCUUAAGACAACAUUAACACUUACUUCUCAUUUAGGGCAAAAUCGUGACUUAGGGGAGGGUAAGGUGGUCAGUCAACCAGUCAUUGAUUCCGCCAUUUGGCCAUGAAUGAAAAACGAUUACAAUGAUGUGGAUACAUGUUGCUGCUUUGAGGUAUCGAGUAAACCAAAAUCUUCCGCUGGCAAUAAAUAAGGUCUGUUUCAGGAUAUUUAUAUGUGUUUAUAUUGCUUACUCCAUGUUUGGCCACCCAAGUCUGAUUUGAAGUAUUCUAGCGAGGAUUGUCUCUGUUACAGGUAUGGUCUUUUCUCGAGUCCCUAAAACAACAAUGUCUACUGAUUCCAAACCAGUUGAGGAAACAAAAACAGUAGCUUUUACGUAUCAAUCAACGCCUUCAGCUGCAUUGGUCAUCGAUCAAAAAGGUAUUGUGGUCAAUUUUUUUACUAGCUUUUUGUCUCACUGAAAAUUGUUGGGAUGCUGUCAUACUUCCCCAAUUCGGAUGUGAGAACGAUUUCGCAAAUUGCUGGAAAAAACGAACAUAAAGCUCAUCUCAAUUUCACAGUUGUGAAAAUAGGGGGCUUGUACAAAUACAGAUUUUUCAAUUCCAUCGUCUUGUCAGAGUAUGGUGACUUCUUUCCUCUUCUCAGUUCUCCCAUCAAAAUGUCUAACAUUGUGUACUAGAUGUGUUAGAACAUGAUACAUUCUUUCCCGUAACCUGCGUUGCUAAAAGGAUAAGCGGGCGAGUUGUGUAGAAACAAGGCUAGUGCUGUAGUAUUGGCGGCAGAGCAGCGAGAAGAUAAGGAGGAAAUCAAAUUAAAAAUCCCCCGCGCGGACAGUGGCCUGACAAAAUACCACGGUGAUAACAGUGCCAGCUACGCAGGCAACAUUAAUUUUAUCAUCACUUUCUUCCUGAUAAAUGCCGGGGACAAUGCAGCGACUAUUUUCAAGGUGUCACCAUUAACCGUCCUAAAUAACUUUUAUUUUACUUUCUGUCGUUUAUAGCUGAGAACGAUCCGAAAUCUGGCUUCGGUAACAAGAUUCUAUUGAUUGGAGUAUCAGCAGCUGGUAGUCUUUUGUUGCUUAUAAUAUUAAUACUUGUCAUCAUCUUGGCAAGACGGCGCACGCGCAAGAGGAGACAGUAUGAAAAUGGCGAAACUUCACUGCAGGUUAGUUACACAAGAGAAAGUUCAAAUGGCGUAGUCACGCGGGGUAUUUCUAGCAUUAGAUACGAGCCCCCGCAGUCUCAGCUUCGCCUCGCUGGUGAAUCUAUGACGGAGCGAUUGCUACCAAAUUCGCCCCACGAUGCAGGUCAAGCUGUGGUGGCCACGUUCAAACCUAGAGGUAAUUUUGCCAGAGCGAAGGCCGAAAAUACCCCUCUUUUACCAACUGAAGAUCAUCCUGAAGAAAGCAAGUUGCGCGUUGAUUUUAAUAAAGGCCAAGGGAAAGUCGAAGAGGGCAACGAUGAGCGAUUGUAUGACACUAUCGGGUGUCCCCCUGGAAACAGCAAAAACGCAGUAAAAAGUGAUGUCGGACAACGGUAUGUCACACGUGAUCAACUGGUCGCGUCACCUGGCAAGUGUCCGCUGGCUAUACCAGCCCAGGCUCCCCCUCAGGAAAAAGGUCGUUUCGAACGGUGCAACGGGGUGGCAGCCAGUGCUUCUCCGCAAGGACACAUUUAUCAGAAUGUCCAAGAGUCUGAACACUUAUACGACACCAUUAACACAGUUAGGGAGCAACGGCCAUAUGAAAAUACCAGGGUUUUGUCGAAUCCUCGGGGAAAUAACAGUGAUAAGGACGGUGGAUAUGAGCCAAUGUCAUUAAAGUAAAAAUAGAACGGUUUACGUCCAGAGAUCCUUGUUAUUGUUGCAAAUGAUGUUUGCACGUGUGCUGUAGCCGUAACUCAAAGAAGAAACCACUCUCAUGGUGAAAGGGAACAAAUUCGUAUGCCCGGAAUAAACGAUAUUACUAUAUUUUCUUUAUAACAAGCUUUAAUUUUUUUAGUGUGGAGCUUUAUUUAUUGUCAUUUAGUAUUUCGAUUCAACGAGGACAGACGGCAAAUUGUUGCUGCUCGAACUAUCUAAAAGUCGUAACUGUUCAUCAGUAGGAUGCCUAGAACUCCCCCCCGGGGGGGGGGGGGCUAAAAUGUGUGCAAGUUUACAAUUGUUUUCGGCGCCAUUAAACCCUAUACCAAAUGUAGCCACCCACAAUGUGAGCUUUAUUAUCAUCGCAUCAUUAAGUAUUUGUUUCAUUUUAGACAAAUCAUUUUAGACAUCAUUUAGGCAAAUCAGUUAGUAUUUGUUUACCCGCUUCGUUUUGCGCAAUGAUAGAGUGGUUGUCUAAAUUGCUUUGAAACUAACAGUUUCGCAAUUGCCUUAUUGGUUUUGUAUUUCUGCACCAUAUGAAAUAACUCGUUCCACUUAUCCGUAAUCGGGGCAAACAAGGUGCAUCGUGGGAAGAGCGCAUAUGGCGAAUUAGUUCAUUUAAUUAUACGCCUCUGUUGUGAUUGCCUCCAGUGAACACUUUAAAAAUACUCAAGUGAUGCUUUUAAGUUUAGUGGGUUUGUUAUGACGCGUAAACGUUGACUUUUGGAUGCAAAUAUUGGUAGUUGCCCGUGGUGGGAAAAUUCUACCCAGGAGUCCAGGGAAUAAUGAUCAGUGCCGAGUUGUAAACAAGUAUUGGGAAAAAAGUAGGAAAGCAGAAACUUGACGCAGUAUCAGAUUCACAGCAUGCAAAUUGAGAAAAACAGGGGAAAAUUAUUGAGGGGUUUACCUGAGAAGCGGCUGUUAGAAAUUUAAACACGACUGCUUUGAAAAGAGACCAGAACGACGCUGUCAAAUCGCUUUUCGAGGAUGGGUUGUGUCUGCGGCUCUUCCAAAAGGUCUUAGGCUUGGUUCAAACGUCGCAUUUCACCAAUGAUGUGCCCAAUCUAAUGCAAUUGUGUGAAAACAGUAGAUUUUACUCAUAAGCGACAUCAAAUUCGGCACAUGUGAAAUACAUCGUUUGAACCGCGUACCUUAGAUAAAGCUCAUUUGCAAUACACCCUAAUUAUGACUUCAAAAUAAUCAGGCUCAAACGUGCUCUCAAAGGGAAGGUAUACCAGUUCUUCGGCAGUUAGUGCUGAAAAUGUUCUCCUUUAUGAGAACUUAUUGAACCAGUAAAAAAUAUGCUUAGACAACAAGAUUUAAUUCAUGGUAAUAAUUAAGUUCCCCUUACAAAAUUAGCUUAGAGUAACGAGUUAAUUGUGUGCCUCAAAUUUCAUAGAUUAUCAGUCGCCUUGAGGGCCGGCAUUAAAGUACCAAUUUUGAAAAUGCGAAGUUUCACUUUUUCCUUUUAUCACUG